UCAGUUCCUAGGGGCGUUAGCAUCGAAUAUUUUUUAUGUAUAUUCUGAGGUGCAGCUUGGUUGCAAAGUGCAGAGGGUGUAGAACACUGUACAGUAUUGUAUCAAGCACUUCUUUCUCCUCUUCUCUUUUCUUGGCGUUCCAGAAACAUAAAUUUGAAGGCAAAGGCAUCUGAGGAAUUGAGGUGUACAGGAAGUGCAUGCAGGUGUUGGAAAUACUCCCCCCCCUAGCCAUGUCGAGUGUUGAGUAAGAAUGAGGUUCAGUGUUGAAACGCUCCAGCUGUAAAUUGUCGAAAUACAAGAUUUAACGGAACAAAAUCAAUUAUUGGGAUUUAAGUAAAUAUACUGAGAUAAAAAACUUAAAUGUUAUCAACAUAAAAAGUGAAAAGAGUUAAACGGAAACAUUUAAAUACUUGGUGAAAGAAUGGCGGCGGUUUUUGACAUUGAGUUACAUGAUGUAGACACAAUUGAUAAAGAAGAAUCUGAUGACGACGUAAUAGAAAUGGGAGAGGGAGAAUAUUAUACCAAUCCUAAUGUUAAUGAGAUAAUUGACGAUGAAGGUGUCGAGAAAGUUCCCAUUUCAGAACAAAAUGUAAACCGGGGAAGAGAAAGGGCUGGACCACAAGAUUUUGAGUUAUGUAAAGUUAUAGGGAAAGGUGGAUAUGGAAAAGUAUUUCAAGUACGAAAAAUUACUGGAAAUGACGCUGGAACUAUCUUUGCUAUGAAGGUAUUAAGAAAGGCUUCGAUCAUUAGAAACCAAAAGGAUACUGCUCAUACUAAAGCCGAAAGAAAUAUUUUAGAAGCCGUAAAACAUCCUUUCAUCGUGGAUUUAAUGUACGCUUUCCAAACUGGGGAAAAGUUAUAUUUAAUUUUAGAAUAUAUGUGCGGGGGGGAAUUAUUUCGGCAUUUAAAUGCUGAAGGAAUCUUUCUCGAAGACACAGCAUGCUUCUAUUUGUCAGAAAUAAUUUUAGCUCUUCAACAUCUUCAUCAACAAGGUAUUAUUUACCGUGAUUUAAAACCAGAAAAUAUUUUACUUGAUGCCGAAGGACAUAUCAAGCUUACUGACUUCGGUUUAUGUAAGGAACACAUUCAAGAAGGUUCAGUAACUCAUACAUUUUGUGGUACCAUUGAAUACAUGGCUCCUGAGAUUUUAACUCGUAGUGGUCAUGGAAAAGCUGUAGAUUGGUGGAGUCUUGGUACUUUAAUGUAUGAUAUGUUAACUGGAUCACCUCCAUUCACUUCAGAUAAUCGUAGAAGAACUAUUGAAAAAAUUCUGAAAGCAAAACUAAUUUUUCCUCUGUAUGUAACUCAUGAUGCUCGUGAUCUUAUUCGUAAACUACUAAAAAGACAAGUACCACAACGAUUAGGAUCAGGACCAUCAGAUGCAGAGGACAUUAAAAAUCAUCUCUUUUUCAAACAUAUUAAUUGGGACGAUGUAAUAUCACGUAAACUUGAACCACCAUUCAGACCAAAGUUAAGUAGUGAAGACGAUGUAUCCCAGUUCGAUAAACGAUUUACCAAUUCAGCCCCUAUAGAUUCACCACCUGGAUAUACUUUGAGCGAAUCAGCUAAUCGAGUGUUCCAAGGGUUUACAUAUGUUGCUCCAAGCAUCCUAGAAGGAAUGUAUGCCCAGCCACGAAUUGUGAGUACUAGAAGUCCACGAAAAAAUGUCAUGAAGGGUUUUUCACCCCGAACAAAUCAUUUUCAUCUUCAUCACAGGCAUAACGGCGUGGGACACAACGGUUUAGAGGAUUCUGAAAUGAUAGAAAUAGGUUAAUGACAAAGUAACAUAACUAAUAUGAAUUUAUAGUUGGUUGCAUUUUGCGGCUCAGCCAUCGAUCUUCAAUGUAUGGUCAUUAAAUCUCAGGGAAGGAUUUUAUAAAUAAAAUCGUCAGAAUGACUGUGCUAAUUGAUUUAUGUGAAAUAAAAAUUUCAUGUAAUUGGUCGAUGGCUGAAUUUAGCUAAUUUUAUUUAUCAUUAAUUAUAUACUCUUAUUAAUAUUAAUUUUAUGUCAAUGAUAAAUAAUAAGUUAAAGGGAAAAGAGUGCAUUAUUGCAUUUGACUCGUAGUGGUCUUUUGAAAAAAAACUUUACUUUUUUAUUUUAACAAGACAAAAUAUUUUCGAAUUAUUCAUUUUAUUAAUCAAUGUGUUGCGCCUAAUUAAUUCAUUCAGAAAAAAAAAAA